CCCCAGCCCCAGCCAGGCUCCGGCUCCGGCUCCGGCUCCAGCAUGUACCUGGCCGGGGUGGCGGCGGCGGCGGCCGCGCUCCUGUGGCUCCAGCGGCGGCUCUGGCCGCACCUGUGGGCGGACGCGCGGUUCCUGCUGCGGGCGCUGCGGUGCCGGCGCCGGGCGCUGCAGGGCGCGGCGGGCUCCAGCCUGGCUCAGCGCUUCGCCAGCCUGGCGCGGGCGGCCCCGCAGCGGCUCUUCCUGCGCUUCGAGGCGCAGAGCUUCAGCUACGGGCAGGCGGAGCGGGCGAGCCGGCGGGUGGCGAACGCGCUGCGCGCCUGGCGCGGCCCCGGGGGGCCCCUGCUGCCCGGCCAGACCGUGGCGCUGCUGGUGGGCAACGAGCCCGGCUUCGUGUGGGCCUGGCUGGGGCUGGCCCGGCUGGGGGCCGUGCCCGCCUUCUUGGGCACCGGCCUGCGCCGCGGGGCGCUGCUGCACUGUCUGCGGAGCUGCGGGGCCCGGGCGCUGCUGGUGGCGCGCGAUCUGUGUGACGCUGUGGAGCCCCUGCUGCCCACCCUGCAGGAGCUGGGCGUUGUGGUGUGGGUGUUGGGCCCGGGCCCCUGUCCGCCAGGGGUUAUCAGCCUGCAGGAGCUGGUGGAAGAGGCAUCCGAAGAGCCGGUGCCCCCAGACUUAUCCACGCCCAGGGACAUGAUGGACACCUGCCUCUACAUCUUCACCUCGGGCACCACAGGGCUGCCCAAGGCUGCCCGCAUCAGCCACCGCAAGUCCAUCCUGUGCCUUGGUUUCUACCGCCUGGUGGGGGCCUCCAGCAAGGACGUGAUCUACGUGGCUCUGCCCCUGUACCACAUGUCGGGCUCCCUGCUGGGCAUCGUCGGCUGCAUCGGGAUCGGUGCCACGUGUGUGCUGAAAAGGAAGUUCUCAGCCAGCCAGUUCUGGGGCGACUGCCAUCACUAUGGGGUGACUGUGUUCCAGUACAUCGGGGAUCUGUGCCGCUACCUCAUCAACCAGCCCAAGAGAGAAGGGGAGCGGAAUCACAGCCUGCGCCUGGCCGUGGGCAGUGGGCUGCGGCCCGACGUCUGGCGGGAGUUCCUGCAGCGCUUUGGCCACAUCCGCAUCGUGGAGACCUACGGCAUGACCGAGGGCAACGUCACCUUCUUCAACUACACCAGCACCCUGGGGGCUGUCGGGCGCAGCAGCUUCCUCUACAAGCUCUUCUCCCCCUUCGAGCUGGUGCGCUACGACGUGCUGCAGGGGGUGCCGGUGCGGGACGCGGCCGGGUGGUGCCAGCGCGUUGGCCCAGGCGAGACGGGGCUGCUGAUCGCGCCAGUGACGCCCCAGAACCCCUUCCUGGGCUACGCGGGCGGCAAGGAGCUCUCGGAGCAUAAGGUGCUGCACGGGGUCUUCGCCGCGGGAGACGCCUACUUCAACACGGGCGACCUCAUGGCCCACGACGCUGCCCAGUUCGUGUAUUUCCGGGACCGUACCGGGGACACCUACAGGUGGAAGGGUGAGAAUGUGGCGACGACAGAGGUGGCAGAGGCUCUGGCCGCGCUGGACUCGCUGCAGGAAGUCAGUGUCUACGGGGUCGUUGUGCCAGGGUACGAGGGCCGGGCUGGGAUGGCUGCCAUUGUCCUGCGGCCAGGCUGUGAGCUGGAUGGGGCCCGGCUGUACAGCCACGUGGUGGAGUUCCUGCCCCCCUACGCCCGCCCCCGCUUCCUGAGAGUGCAGGAUCACCUGGCGAUGACACAGACCUUCAAGCAGCACAAGGUGCAUCUGGCCAGCGAGGGCUGCGACCCCACGCGCCUCCCGGACCCGCUGUACCUGCUGGAGGAUGCCUCGGAGGCCUACGUGCCCCUGACCCCGCAGCUCUGGGAGGGCGUCAUCUCGGGGGCUGUCCGGAUAUAACCCCCCUCGCCCCACCCGCCUCGGGUGCCCUCUGGCUGGGGGUCACCUGGGGAGACUACAAGUCCCAGCAUGCAUGGCUCAGCACUGUUGCAUGUUGGGAGCUGUAGUCCCCCCGGUCACACCUGGGAGCUUUGCUCCCUGCCGCUGCUUGGCCAGGGCUCUGGGGUGCUGCCUGCCCCCAGAGGGGAGUGGGGGAAAGAGGGCUCAGGUGGCUGCAGGGAAGGAUUUUUCCCCCUGUUGCACCCUGCCCCCACUGCACCCCAUGUUUGUCACUUCCUAGCCCCCCAUCCCCAGCGCACACCCCACUCCUCUGCCCCAGGGGGCUAGAAGCUGGGAACUUGGCCAUCGGGUCCUGGCUCCCCCAUGCCUGUCUCCAGCAGGGCGGCUUCGUGGGUGCCGGCUGGGAGCUGUGCCCAGGAUUUGCUGGGCAGUGCCCUCCAACCUCCCUCCCCGCACUUGGGGGCAGCUCUCCCCUCACAGGAUCUCGGCUCCAGAGGGGCUCCCGGUCUGGGGUGUUGGGGCAAGGGAGCUGCCUUGGUGCCGCAGGGUCACACAGCGUGGGGGGCGCGGGGUGGGGUCUCCAGGGAGCUGGAUUCAGAUCCUGGCUCCACCAUGACUUGGGGUGGCCUCGAGCUGGCCGCUGAGCUCCCAGCUGGGCCAUGGGGAGUACGGCGCUGGCUCCCUGCAGCCGGGUCUGGCUGGGCUGUUCCGACUGCGACCAACCCUGGCUGCAGCCUGGACAGUUUCGGUUCGAGGACUCGCCAGGCAUCCUUUGCUCUCGGGGCCCUGGGGCUGGGGAGGGAGGUGACUGGGGUGGUGGGAGGUGCCGAGGGGGGGAGGUUUGUACUUUUUAUACCUUUUUGGCAAAUAAAACAUUUUUAACAAA